CUAGAUCUAGAUCUAGAUCUAGAUCUAGAGCGAAGACAGAGACAUGUCGAUCUCGAGGAACCCACCGGAAUAUAUCCCGCUCUCCCAAAACGAUCCGCACGAUCAUGAUCACGAUCCGAUACGAGACCAUCAUCUCGACGUACCGUUCAACCCGGGUCACGAUCAUCCCGGGUUGAACUCCAACAACUCUUCACGCCGCUCGUCCGCCUCGUUCAACUCGACAUCCAGCUUGACAGGCAGGAGAUGGCGAACACGGCAGUUAGUCGUUGUUUUGCUCGUCGGGGCGAUCGUGGUCGGGGUCUGGGUAUCUUCUUCUUCAUCAGGUCGGAUGACCAACAGGAACGGUGAUGGUGACGGGAAUUCCGACGAUACCAUGGAUAUGAAUCGAGGCGGGAGCGCUUACAAACCAGGGAGGUUGGGGAAAGAGCUCGUCAGGCGCCGAAGGAUGAUGCUAGGAGAGUCUAGUACGGAGAAUUGGGAGGAGAUCCUGGGGUCCAGCUCUAGCUCUGGCUCUGGCUCAAGGUCCUCGUCCUCGGGGUCUUCAGCCUCGAAUUCCGAAUCCCACAAUUCAAAAGAUCUCUUCUCCCUCUCAACAUACCUGGACGAAGAACCAUGCGCCGGAUACACUUCCGGGGCCGAAAAGGCCUACUCUGAGAAGUGUUGGAGGGCUAGGUGGAUUGAACAGAUUGACGGAUGGGGGAUGGAAGAUUCCGACUUCUGGCCGUCCCUAUCGUCGCUAAAUAAACAAUCCCUAGCACGUCUCCGAAGAUGCCUCCUCGACCCGGAAACCACGCUCGCCACCGACUAUCCCCGGUAUACGGACGAGGAACCGCAUAUACCCCUGAACUUGACCGACGUGCAGGACGAGGUCGGAGUGGAUACCAGGCCGUGUAGUCUGACGAGCACCAAGGUGAUCUUGGGGAACUGGUGGUACUUUACGAUGGCCUAUGGCGACUGGUCGCAGAGCCCGGGAGAAUCCGUCUGGCUACGGAACCAGAUGCGAGCGCUGUACGAGCUCGGGUAUACGAUACUCGCCACAAACACGUACAAGGGCAUGAUCGAAGCGCACAAAGCCAUGCCCGAUGUCAUCUCCCAGAUCUGGACCGAAGACAAGCACACGUUGACGUGCCAGGACGACCCGUACUGUGCCGACUAUACCACGUUCAAGCCGACGAACGAAAAGUACCCCGGGACGGGAGUGGACGAAAAGACCCACCUGCCGGACUUUUGGGACGACAUCAGGUCGGACCCGGGGGAUACGCCGCAGAGGUGGGCUUGGUUGAACCACGAGCUGAGCGCUAUUCCGGAGGAGGAGAGGGGGACGAUCCCGACGUGGAAGCUGUUUACCACGACAUACUGGGGAGCUCGACCAGAAGACCCGGCUUGGGAUUUCACGUCCGAAGACUUUCCGUGGAACGCCCUCGGCCAACAAUGGACCUUGACCCCGUUCGCCUACCCGCUCCACCUAUACAUCCCUUACUCGAUCGAACAGACCUGCGCCUCGGCCCCCCAAAUCACCCCGCUAGAAAAAUCCCCCAAACUCUUCGUCCUCGCCAAACAGUCCGACUAUUUCCAAGACCCCUGGUCCAGCGUCCCUUCCACCUUUUGGUCCAAAGCGCAAAACUUGACAGGGUUGGAAGUGGAGAGCGUGGCUACGGGAGAGGUACCUCUGCCGGACGGGGUGAAGAGUACGGGACACGUGACGAGGGAAGAGUUUGAGGUGAUGGUCUCCAAGAGCAAGUUGAUGUUGGGUAUAGGAAGGCCGUUGAUCAGUCCGUCGGUGUAUAGCGCUCUAUGUCAAGGAACCCCAGUAGUGAUCCCUUACUUCAAGGACGAACCCGUCCCCAAGGGUUGGGACCUCUUCAACGGCGCGUACGCUCAGCACGGACCCGCUGCGGCUAUUGGGGAGCCGUAUGUGUAUAGUUACAAGAGUGGGGACGAGGCGGAUCUGGUGGAUAAGAUUAGGAAGGCUGCGGAGAGGCCUAUUGAGAGGUACAUCCCACCUGACAUGACCUACCAAGCCGAACUACGGAACAUGGACGACCUGCUCCGGUUCGAUUGGAAGGGGUACGGAGAGCUCGUCCAAGAGGUCGGAGGGGAACAUGCGACGAGGCUGAGGAGGCACGUCGUAGCCCGGUGUUUCAAGAUCGGGCGGUGUCAGCCGUUACACGGGGGGUUGUAGAUGCGGUCAUAGAUGUUGGUUGUACUUGUACUUUCUCCCCUGUAUGCGGUGCAUGUAGAGAGUUAAAGGAGCGGGAUGGGGAGUCAUCUGAGAUGGAUAGACGGGAAGAUUGAUCAUAAGUAGAGAAUACAUGCUAUAUGCCGAAC